CCCCCAGCCGGUUCUAGCCUUCUGAAUCAGACAAGAACACAGUUGAGAACACUACAGAACAUCUCUAUAGCAAUCAUGCAGCUGUGCUACGGACCAAUGGCGUGCCUCGCUCUCUUCGCUGUCAUUCUCUCGUUAACGGCCACUGACACUGGUAAGUACAGUUUACUGAUGUAGUGAAUUUGGGGGAUAUGUUGGACUUGACCCAACAACUUUGCAUCUGUUCAUCUAACAACUAAGAUAAUGCCAAGAGAUCUGAAACCCUUGGCAAAGUUAUUGGUUUAGCCCAAAGUAUGUAUUUUAUUAACUCUGUAAAUACAAUAUUUUCUGGAAUAAAAUUAGAUAUUAGAGCGGGGUGGUGGUGGUGGGUUAAAACAUUUUAUCCUAAACCACAUAUGCUUCUUUAAUUCUUCAGAUGCAAACAAGGUUCACAACUGCUGCACAGAGGUCUCCAGGCAGAAAAUCACAUUACCCAUCAUAGGCGCCAGAAUUCAGAAAAAGGCCCUUCCCUGCGUCAAUGCUGUCAUGUAAGAACCUCCCAUCCCAACAGAACUUCACAAAUAAAAUGUAUAGGCCCACAUUUACAACCUCCAGUCAGAUGAAUGAGUUAGGACAAGAGUAGGACAGUUGUCUAAAUGUUGUCAUCUUGUGUUCCACAUAGCUUCGAGACUGAAGAUGGAGAGAUCAUCUGCAGCCAUUGGAAAGAGGCCUGGGUUCGACACACAUUCUUUCAGCUGGAGUAAGUCAUCAACAAUAUACCCAAUGAGUGAUCAAUAGUCAGUCAUAUUCAUUCAUAUACAUAGUGUAAUACUCACUGUUACGUAUUUUCAUGGCUGGCUAGAGUAGGUGACCUGCACAAAGACUUGCACAAAGGCCAUAAGAGAAAAGACUGGGUGUAAAAUAAAUAAAUGGUUGAAGGAAAGACGUUGAAAUGCUCACUGUGCUGCUGUUUCUUCUAGGAUGUCCAGAAGAUUACUGAACACACAGAACACCACCACCACCUCCCCCACCACCUCCCCAUAGAGGACGUUCUUCAUCAUCAUCAUCAUCA